UAUUUGGCACAGCGGUAAAUGACUUUUCAGUACAGUUAAAGAGAUGGAAGCUGUGAUGAGUCUUGAGCUACAGCGAGAUAAAGUUUCUCAAGAAAAAAAGGGAAGAGGACUACCUAACUGUAUGUUUUCUGAUCCUAGGGGCUUAAGGUGAAAUACGGUGAAGAGAUUGAAUCAGGAAUUCUGAGCAAGAGUCAUCUCUAGUCGAUAAUUUUAUGAAAUUGGAAAAGGAGGUGGGGGAGACUAGGGAGAUGGCUCAGAAUAAGUUCUCUUCAAGAAAACUGUAGAUAAUCAGAAGACCCCUCCCCUAGGCUCAGCCACGUACUCUGGUAGGGUCCAGGUCGGACAGGAGGGAGGAGGGACGGAGCUUGCGCACUGGUGUGCGUGUGCUCUCAAGGGGGGGGUGGCUGGGGGAGGAAACUUCCCCUGGCAGGGAACCUGUGAAGUAACAAUGGGAAACGCUGCGCGUUAAAGUCUAGAGUCAGCUGUGCCGGAUUGGCUCCAAGUAAAACACAGUCCUGUGAAACAUUUUUGUAGAAACCGUCAGCCGCCGCUAGACUGCACCUCUCCUGGAGCCGCGGACAAAAUCUCACUUCCCCACGAGGGAGCCCAGCCUACGACUUUGGCCGCUGGAAGGGCCCGCACGCACUGAAGCACCUCCUACCGCGUGCCUUCAGAGCCUCCAAGAGGCGGGGGCGGAGGGGGGGGCCCUCCUAGUGCGCAGGUGCAGGAAAGCUGGCCCAGAGCUCGAAACCAGCCCUUGCAAUUCCGUCUCUGUCUCCACAGGCACUGCGAGCAGUUUACUUUUGAACAGCUGCCCCGCGCGCUUUCCGAUUGGCGGAUGCUGCGCAGUUGAAAGUUGCCGGGAGACUGCGCCUGCGUCCUGAGUCUCCGCAAGGCCCCGCCCCAUCUGGGCACCUGAAAUCCCUCAGGGCGGAGCAGGGCGGGGACGCAGAGCAUCUCGGGGACGCCCAGCCUGGAGGCCGUAGAGCUGUUUCAGCCUGUGGAGGAGCUGGCUCUUCCUCUUGGCGAUACUAAUAACAGAAUCUGAAAAAGUUGGAGAAGAUAAAGUAUAUUCAGUCGCUAAGCCAGACGAUCAACAAAUAGAUGACUUGUUCUCUGACAUUGCACACUUGUCCUGGACUUAAUUCCACCAUUAACCUGGAAAUGCACGAUUUUGAGGACGAGUUAACAUGCCCCAUUUGUUACAGUAUAUUUGAAGAUCCUCGUGUACUACCAUGCUCUCAUACAUUUUGUAGAAAUUGCUUGGAAAAUGUUCUUCAAGCAUCUGGGAACUUUUAUAUAUGGAGACCUUUACGAAUUCCACUCAAGUGCCCCAACUGCAGAAGUAUUAUUGAAAUUGCUCCAACUGGUAUUGAAUCUUUACCUGUUAAUUUUGCAUUAAGGGCUAUUAUUGAAAAAUACCAGCAAGAAGACCAUCCAGAUAUCAUUACCUGUCCUGAACAUUACAGACAACCAUUAAAUGUUUACUGUCUCCUAGAUAAAAAAUUAGUUUGUGGUCAUUGCCUUACCAUAGGGCAACAUCAUGGUCAUCCCAUUGAUGAUCUUCAGAGUGCCUAUCUGAAAGAAAAGGAUACGCCUCAAAAACUGCUUGAACAGUUAACUGACACACACUGGACAGAUCUUACUUGUCUUAUCGAAAAGCUGGAAGAACAGAAAUCUCAUUCAGAGAAGAUGGUCCAAAGUGAUAAGGAAGUUGUUCUCCAGUAUUUUAAGGAGCUUAGUGAUACAUUAGAACAGAAGAAAAAAAAUUUCCUAGCUGCUCUUGGUAAUGUUAACAAUCUGAUUAAUCAAGAAUACACUCCACAAAUUGAAAGAAUGAAAGAAAUAAGAGAGCAGCAGCUUGAAUUAAUGACACUGACAACAUCUUUACAGGAAGAGUCUCCACUGAAAUUUCUUGAAAGAGUUGAUGAUAUCCGCCAACAUGUACAGAUUUUGAAACAAAGACCACUUCCUGAGGCUUACCCUGUUGAAAUUUAUCCUCGAGUAAGCCAAAUAUUGAAAGAAGACUGGAGCAGAACAGAAAUUGGACAAAUUAAGAAAAUGCUUAUUCCUGAAAUGAAAAUUUCUUCAAAGAGGAUGCCAUGUUCCUGGCCUGAUAAGGAUGAAAAAGAAAUCGAAUUUUUUAAGAUUUUAAACAUUGCUAUAGUUACAUUAAUUUCAGUGAUACUGAUGUUGAUCCUCUUUUUUAACCAACACAUAAUAACCUUUUUAAAUGAAAUCACUUCAAUAUGUUUUUCUGAAGUCUCUCUAUCUGUUUACCAAAGUUUAUCCAACAAUUUGCAUGAUUUAAACAAUACGCUAUGUCACACUUUAUAUUUACUGAAGGAAUUCAUGUGGAAAAUAGUUUCUCGUUGAAACUUCAAAUCUGAAUUGUUUAAAUAGGCUUAUUUUGUACAGCACAGACUAACAACCAUUGCUAAAGGGAGAAAUAGGGUUAACAGAUAAAUAGCAAACUAAACUAUCAGAGUUGGAACAAAUACAAAUACAUAGAAAUGUUAAAACUGUCCAUGCUUCUCUUAGAUGGAAAAGGUGUCAAAGUUAGGAAUAAUACAGAAUGUGUCUAAACUAGGAUACUGUCUAGUAACUAAAGUUAAAACUAUCCCCUUUUGUUUGCUUGAGGCUGACUUUAUUGCUGUGACAUUGCAAAACCUUUGUGUACCAAUACUGUCCUUUAGCAUUAUUAUUUUAUGCUGCAGUGGUUGGUGUUGCAGUUAUGUCUGCAUAACUUUUAGGCUAAAAGAUGGCAAAAUCCUUAAAGUGCAUAUAUACCUUUAUUUAAUGUGGCCCAAAACCUUUGAAUGGGCGAAACAAGGAUGGUGAGUAGAGGCUUUAAUUCAAGCACCUGUCUAAAAGGGGUGAGGGAUUGCUUACAUUAAGGAUAUUUCUGAUCAAACACACACGAUACGUUAGUUUUAGAUAAACACUGCAUUAAAUCUAUCAACAUUAAUUCCUAACUACUGAUUUUGGAAGUGUUAGGGAACAGUGCUCUUUUCAAAUAAUGGUCUGUCUAAAUUUGAUUUUUGGUUAGUGCUUUAUUUAGUCUUGCCAGUCAAAUCAAUUUUUGGAUAAAAACUCUGAAAACAUUACUAGACUAGUAUGCGGUUGAUAUAGUCAUUCUCCUUAGAUUAGGUUGCCUCAUGUUAACUAUUGUAUUUGUCUUAGAAAUGUUAAGUUUUCUGCCAUUUGCUUAUGUGAAUAUCAAAGUAUCAAUAAUUUAAUCUUUUCUUGAAUUUUGCUUAAAUGGGAGUCUGUGUAGCUAUUAAGUCAACUCUUUGAUUAGUUCCCUUAUUGUUAACAGGGACUGGAAUUGUGCUUGUGGUAAGACUUUUGGCUCUUUUGUCCAUAGAACCGUUAAGUAUAAAGUUACUUGCAUUCCAGAAAUCCCAAAUCGGCUGUUGCUCUUGGAUCCAUUCCCUAGGAAACCUACCUAGCUCAGAGACUUUCUAGUCCUAUUAGGGAAUGCUCCCGGUCCUAGAUUACAGAGAAGAUAUGAAUUAACAUAGCUAUAGCUCUAAAUUACUCCUGUUUAUUUUUUUGAGAGAGCAAGCAUGAGCAGGCUCUGAGCUCUGGGCUAUCAGCAUAGCACUCAACAU